AUGCCCACACAAGUUACAAAACUACAAAAUCUUCAAAGUUUGAGUACCUUUAUUGUGGGCAAACAGCCGAAUGGAUUGCAAAUUAAAGAGUUGAAAGGGCUCCCUUGUCUACAAGGUAAACUUUCCAUUUUGAAUCUACAAAAUAUUGUUGAUUCUAGGGAUGCUCUAGAGGCAAACUUGAAGAAUAGAGAAAAAAUUGAGGAGUUAGUGUUAGAAUGGAAUUGUGAUGUUGAAGAUUCACAAACUGUGAAAGAUGUACUCGGCAUGUUGCAACCUUCAACAAAUUUAAAGAGAUUGACCAUCAAGCAUUAUGGAGGCACCAGCUUUCCUGUUUGGGUGGGAAAUUUGUCAUUUAUAAAUAUUACUUUUUUAUGUGUGAGGGAUUGCAAAAAUUGUGUUUUGCUCCCACCAUUUGGAGAACUGCCUUCUCUCAAUGAGCUCUCGAUUGGUGGAAUGGGAUUAUUGCAUACAAUUGGACGUGAAUUCUAUUGUAGCAAACUAAAGAGCCCUUCAUUUCAGCCAUUUCUAUCUUUGAAGAUUCUCAUAUUUCAAAAUAUGCCUAUUUGGGAAGAAUGGAUACAAUUUGAUUGUGAAGGUGCAAAAUUUCCUUUCCCCCAACUCAAAAGUUUGAGUUUGCAUGAUUGUCCAAUGCUGAAGGGAGACAUGCCCGACAACCUUCCAUCAUUGACAAAUGUUUCUAUAUCAAAUUGCAAACAAUUGGAGGCAAAAUCAACAACUUUGCAGUGGAUUACAUCUAUUCAAGAAUUAAACAUUGAGCGAGGUGAACAGGGGUUAUUAAGAGCAUUUGAUGAUUUAUCUCUAGACUCUUUGGAAUCUCUAACAAUUGAGAACUGUGAUAGCUUGCAGUCUUUGCCAAGAAUGACAAUGGGUAACCACUGUCUUCAAAUGCUGUCUCUCAAAGAUAUCCCAUCCAUCAUGUCCUUCCCAAUUGAUGGUUUGCCCACUUCUUUGCAACGUCUUGAAAUUGAAAAUUGUGAGAAAUUAGAGUUCCUACCUCAGGAGUCUUGGCAAAACUACCCAUCACUAGAAGACUUGAGAAUUGAUAAUAGUUGUCCUUCCUUGAAAUCUUUUCCAUUAGGUUGUUUUCCCAAGCUUAGGAGGCUUCGCAUUGACAGAUGUCAUAAUUUGGAGGCCUUUACACAUGUUGGGGGGUAUGCUCUUCCCUUAGAAUCAUUUUGGGUCCAAAGCUGUGACAAACUUAGAUCAAUGUCAGAAGUGCAUGUUGAUUCCCUUGCCAACCUUCAAUGCUUUUGGCUAAGUUCGGUUUCAAAGUUGGAAUCAUUACCUGAAGGUGGUUUGCCUUCUAACUUGCGAUCAUUUACUAUUGGGGGCUAUAAUGAACUAUCUUCUAUACCAAUCCAAGACUGGGGGUUUCAACGCCUGACUUCCCUCUCGCUGUUUGCAGUUAUGAAUAAUGGAAAUGAAAGCAUUCUUCAUAAUUUACUUAAGAAUCAAUUACUACCCACUUCUCUUGUGUGUAUUGACAUCGAGUGUGUCUCCAAUCUUAAAUUAUUAGAAGGAAAAGGGCUUCAACACCUUACUUCUCUUGAAGAGCUCUCCAUCUAUGGCUGUGAAAACCUUGAAUCCUUACCAGAAGAUGCGCUACCAUCCUCUCUUUUGUUGUUGGCAAUCUCGUGCUGUCCAAAAUUAGAAGAGAGAUAUGAUUAUGAGAGAGGAAAACACUUGUCCAAGAUCGCUCAUAUUCCCACCAUACGAAUUAAUUAUGAAUACUAUGAUCCUUGA